AUGAACCAUGGUUCACGAGUCUUUGGCGCUUCUACCUUCGUGAUAGCACUCACACAACACAGCAACCUUCGCUCCGCGGGCAAAAUCUUUCGCACUCCUCUUAAAGCUGCUCUAGCAGCUCCUUCUUCUUUCUCUACGGCCCAACCAGCAGUUCCUUCUACUCAAAAAGAAGCUACUAGUGAGCAAGACGAUGAAGAUGAUCCUUCGGCCUUUACCAACUUCGAGGAAGCUUUGGCCUAA